AUGUGGGACAUCCCGUAUGUUAAGAAGGAAGCUUCCGGCCCGGAGGUAGUUGCCGCGAUGGCUAUAUCGUGUGAAGAGGUGACAAAUCUGUUUGGCUCAAAACGGGAUGCAAUGUCACUCGGAAUUCAAAUCUUGGCCGGAUGUAAUGAGGAGGCAAUUGCUGUUGCAAAUGCGACGGGCUUUGACUUGAUUCGCGCAGAAGGGUUCGUCUUUGCAAGCCAGACGGCAAAGGUUGAAGAGGUUGAGGAGGCCAAAUCCGCCAGCAAUCUACCGAUCUUGAUCGAAGGAUCGUCAUUGGAGGAA